AUGGCCUCCUUCGACAAUGUCCUGCUCACCAAGGCAUCCGCUGGGUGGUUAUGUAAGGCUCUGGGUAUUAGGCUGGUAACGAACCCCCUUGUGGUCCAAUUGGCCAAGAACGCCGGUUUUGACGCCCUUUUCAUUGAUCUGGAGCAUUCGACCUUCUCCCUUGCGGAUGCCAGCGCGAUCGCGUGUGCAGGGCUUCUCAGUGGGCUCACUCCCUUCGUUCGGGUGCCGUAUCAGUGUGGCAUCGGGUUCGUGCAGCAAGUGCUCGAUGGAGGAGGCAUGGGGGUGAUAUUCCCGCACAUUCAUUCGGCAGUGGAUGCACGAGUAGCCGUUGAAGCAUGCAAGUUCCCACCAUGGGGGCGGCGGUCCAUGUGGGGUCAGCAGCCAGCCUUGGGGCUGCGGAUGAUGCCGUUUAACAAGAUCGUGGAGGUGUGCGACUCGGUGGGGUCAUCAGUGCUCCUGAUGAUCGAGGCUGCUGAUAGCAUUGAGAACAUCGACUCCAUUGCUGCGGUGGAUGGCGUCGACGUCCUCCUUGUCGGCUGUCUUGACCUGUCGACGGACAUGGGCAUGCCAGGGAAGUACGAGGCAAGAGCAUUCCGGGCGGCCCUCGAGUCCGUCAGCGCAGCGUGUCAGCGCCAUGGCAGACUCAUGGGGCUGGCAGGACUCUACAACAACCCUGAGAUUCAGGAUUGGGCAAUCAACACGCUGAAAGUGCGCUUUAUCAUGUGUCAACAGGACUCGAACAUUCUGGCUGCUGGGGCGAUAGAGUGCGCGGCAGAGGUAAGCAGUGUUGAUAGGACGGCUCCGAUGCCCUCGAAGGUAGUUAAUGGAGCAGUAAAGGAAACAAAAGUGCCAGCAACCGCGAAUGGAAUUUGA